UUUUUAUGAUCUUUAUUUUAUUUUUAGGGAGAUUGCUAGCCUCACAACGUGCUGAAUAUUAAAUGCCACAUUUCCAACCAAAAAUGUACCAUUGAGCUACCAGAAGUAUUGAAUUAAUAUAUACAAUUCGUCGGUCCUAAGUUCCCUGAUAAUAUUCAGUGGAAAUGGAAGUUGUGGCUUAUUUUUCGAUCCUUCUUCUAAUAUCAGGAUAUAGCGACGCUAAUGCUAACGCCGAAGCACAAGUGUCUAACGAUCCACAAACAUAUCAGCCAUCAUAUAAUAAGGAUUAUCAACCACGAUAUAAUCCCCUUUAUACGAAUAAUCAACAGCCACCCACUUCCCAAUAUGAAAAUCCACUAAUACAAUCUCAACUCGACCAACAGAACUCCCAACAGGGUGGUGGAGGCUUACUUGUCGGUCCGCAAAAUCAAAACAACUUUUAUGACCAAUCAUCGAACGCUUUGGGCAGUGGUACCUAUAGUGGCGCCGGUGGAGGUAUAAGUAAUUAUGAUCCCUUCAAUCGUGGCAUUUCAUCUACGGGAUUUGAGUAUUCGGAUAUUAAUAACGAAGAGCAGAAUUUCUGUCCAGAGCAUUGGAUAUCGUUCCGCCAAACCUGCUAUAGAUUUAUUCGUUCACCAAAACGCAAUUGGCUAGAAGCGAAAAAGAUCUGUAAAGCUUAUAAUGCAGAACUCUUAAAUGUGGACAGCGUUGAAAAACAUUCCUUCAUUCUAAAGCAAUUAAUAAUACAGAAUCAAAAGCAAAAUCGCUUCUGGAUAUCCGCGCGACAAACUGGUCCCAAUAGCUGGGCAAAUGAUGAUAACUCUCCUUUCCUCGUGUUGGAAGAUUCAUUCGCAUUCGAUGAAAAUCAAGCACUUGAAAACGAAAACUUACAUGACAAUCGAUUCCUAGUGCAAAGUAUGUAUCAGAAUGAGUACAAUCGUAAUAAUCAGAAUCAGUACUAUAAUACGGUACCAGGCUCGAUAAGCAAUCGAAAUCAAAACAAUUUGCGCGGGUUUAUUGGACCGAAUCAGUACGGUGAUAACCCCUUUACAAGAGAUCGUGUUGUUUAUGGCUUCUCGAAGAAGCGCGACCGAUGGAUGUUUAUGCCCGCAUAUGACAUCGAGUUAAACUUGUUCAUUUGUGAAUCUAGAGUUCUCUACAAUCCAGAAAAUAUAAAUCUGAAAUUGGACGACAAACGCCCAUUUCACUAUGGCUUAGACAUUCGGGAUUUUGAGAAAAUUCCACGCGGGCCUUAUUUUGUGAAGCAACCCAACGAUACCACAUUUGAUACUAGCAAGAAUCGUCUCAUAAAUGAUGUUACACUGAGUUGUUUAGCAGGUGGAUUUCCCACGCCCACUUAUCGCUGGUAUCGUGAAGUUUAUGUUAACGAUACACUCGAGUAUAAGAAUAUCGAUCCGCUAACCAAUGAUCGUUACACAAUUUCUGGUGGAAAUCUCAUAAUUUAUGACCCAAAACAGGCACUGGAUCAAGGAGCAUACCAUUGCGUGGCAGAGAACAAAUUUGGGCGCAUUCGUUCAGAGAGUGCGCAUUUGAACUUUGGAUUUAUUAUGGAGUUUAAUCUUAAACGAUCAGCUGAAACUGCCGAUAUGAAUUGGGGAAAAUCUAUAUUCUGUGAUCCACCACAACAUUAUCCAGAGGUUAAAUAUUACUGGGCGCGUGAUUUUUUUCCAAAUUUCGUUCAAGAAGAUCAACGUGUUUUUGUAUCUAAUGAUGGUGCCCUAUACUUUUCAUCUAUUGAGAUUGUCGAUCGUGCAAACUAUUCGUGCAGCGUUCAGACUUCAGCUUCCGAUACAGGCCGUAACGGUCCAUUUUUCCCACUAAGAGUUGUGCCGAACAGCAACUAUCAGACAUUGAUUUUCGCAAACACAUUCCCUAAGGUAUUCCCCGAAGCACCUAUCGCUGGUGAUGAAAUUCGUCUCGAAUGUGUCGGCUUCGGAUAUCCGAUUCCAUCGUAUAAUUGGACGAGACGUGGUCAACCCUUACAGCGAAAUGCAUACACAACAAGCAACAAUCGUGUGCUAAUCAUUGAAAACGCGACCAUAAAUGAUAGUGGCGAGUAUGAAUGCACUAUUUCAAAUCCACGUAAAACGAUCCAUAAGUCGAUCCAAAUAAAUAUUCAAAUGAAACCACAGUUUACAAUUCCACUGAAAGAUAAAAUUAAGGAUUAUAAUGGCGAUGUGACAUUUAUUUGCGAAUCGUUCGCCAUACCAGAUGUCAAUUAUACGUGGUAUAAAAAUGCCGAACGCUUAGAUCCUGAACGGAUAGAUAAAGAUCGGUAUAUUAUACAGGACAACGUCCUUACCAUAAAGUAUUUAGAGGCGGAAAAGGAUAACGGAAUGUAUCAGUGUGGUGCUACGAAUCAAUUAAAGACUGCGUUUUCAUCUGCACAACUACGCGUUCUUUCGAUGAAACCGUCAUUCAAGAAAAGACCACUAGAAUCUGAAAUUUAUGCUGUACAAAAUGGCAAUACGACCAUCGUUUGUGAUCCUGAGGCGGCCCCUCGACCCAAAUUUCAGUGGAAGAAGGAUGGCCAGCUUAUUGGGGCUGGUGGACAUAGACGCAUAUUACCAAGUGGCACAUUGAUAAUUUCACCUACGUCACGUGACGAUGAGGGUAUAUACACAUGCGUUGCCACAAAUAAAGCAGGCACUGAUGAGUCACGCGCACGAGUAAUCGUAUUGCAGGAACUGCGCUUUAUACAGACACCACCACUACGUAUUACCACACAAGAACACGAUCUAAUAUUCCUACAGUGCGAUGCAACUUACGAUGAGUUGCUUGAUAUUGCAUUCAUUUGGAAGCGAAAUGGAGAAGUACCGAACAAUCACGAUGGCACAGAACGAAUUAUAAUUGAUCGGAAUCGGCUUACUGUACAUAAUGUCACACUGCUCGAUGGUGGAGACUAUGAGUGCGUUGUAAAAUCUUCGGUGAAUGAGAUCUCAUCCAAAACUUUGGUAGUCAUUGAGGGUGCACCUGGCGCACCUGGUGGUGUACAAGUUGUUGAAAUUGGAAAAACAAAAGCAAUAAUUGAAUGGGUGGAUGGCGCCAACAAUGGGCGACCGAUACGUUACUAUAACAUACUUGGCCGCACCAACUGGAAUCGGACAUGGGUGAAUGCAUCCACACAUGUUCGUGGUCGUGAGAUAGAUCGAUAUACUGGUCGUCAACAGGCCGAAGUUUCAAAUCUAAUACCCUGGUGCUCUUACGAAUUCAGCGUAGCUGCUGUCAAUGACCUGGGCAUUGGCAUUCCAUCUGCUCCAUCACCAAUAUACAGCACGUACGAAGAUAAGCCGUAUAUUUCGCCGCGUAACGUUGGUGGAGGCGGUGGUAAAAUUGGUGAUUUGACAAUUACGUGGGAUCCUCUAUUGCCGCAAGAACAGCAUAGCCAUGGUAUUCAUUAUAAAGUGUUCUGGAAACUAAAGGGCACACUAGAAUGGGCGUCAGAGGAAUUGAAAACGCUGCAUAAUGAUGGCGUAGCGGUCGUCAAUAUACCGCUUAAUAACUAUUAUACCGAGUAUGAGGUGAAAGUCCAGGCCAUUAACAAUAUUGGUAAGGGGCCUGAGAGUGAGCCGGUAGUUAUAUAUUCCGCAGAAGAUAUGCCGCAAGUGGCACCGCAAAAACCAUUUGCCACACCAUAUAACUCUACAGCUUUCAAUGUAACUUGGCGACCUAUCGAAAUGACUCGAGAGAAUGUACGCGGUAAACUGAUUGGGCACAGGUUGAAAUAUUGGAAAACGACACAUGAUGAGGAAGAUGCUGUCUAUUAUUUAUCACGUACUACCAGAAAUUGGGCGCUCAUAGUUGGCCUGGAACCAGACACGUAUUAUUUUGUGAAGGUGAUGGCUUAUAAUGCGGCAGGCGAGGGGCCGGAAAGUGAACGUUUUGAAGAGCGUACCUAUCGAAAAGCGCCACAAAAGCCGCCAUCUUCCGUUCACGUAUAUGGUAUUAAUCCGUCCACAGUGCGCGUCGUAUGGCGUUAUGUUUCACCAGCACAAGAUGAGGAGCCUAUCGAAGGCUACAAGGUACGAGUUUGGGAAACAGAUCAAAAUAUGAUAACGGCCAAUAACACAAUAAUACCAGUGGGCGAAAAGUUAGAAGCAUUCAUCACAAAUCUUACACCAGGAAAGAGCUAUAACAUGCGUGUAUUGGCAUUCAGUAAUGGCGGUGAUGGUCGCAUGUCAAGUCCUACAUUGCGCUUCCAAAUGGGUAAAACAACGCGGAAUCACGCUAGCCGUCACUACCGCAGUGGCCUUAAUACGAUACUAAUCGUUAGUUUAUUGUACCUCGUUUCAACGUACCUCAACAAUAAAUGAGUGGCGCCACAAUGCGAAUUUUUCCGGAGGCAUUCUGCUUAAAUUCCGUCCUUUCUGUAUUCGGCGUUUAGUCUGCGUGGAACAGCAUAUUCGAAUAUGUAUUUAAAAUUUAUAAGCAAAUCGAUGAAACAUUCCUCCAAUGAAUAUCUGACACAAAACGAAUGCAUUUAACUUUAAGAAUAUUUUAAGUAUAUUGUAAUUACAAAGCAACGAUUCCGUCUAUUUAUGUACAUAAGUAUCCAUACGACCCAAACCUAGAGUCCGACCGAUUCCCAAUUUUUGGCC